AAUGUCUUCACAAUUGUGCAUUAUUGUAAUGACUAAAAUAACAGCAUUAAAACGUAACUGGAUGAAUAAUGACAAACCCAUAGUUUAUUGUAAAGCAUUAUAUUAAAAUAUUAUGUUACUCAGCAGGAAUUCAGCCAUGAAAUCAACAUCAGGUGUCAAAAAACAAAGAACUCAAGUUGGAGUGGAGAGAAGCAAGCCGAGUCAAGCCUCGCUGAUAUCAAGAGGACUGGCAGUAAAGUCUACCCAUGUGAGAUGCAAUGGUGAUGACUGCAGCAGCCCACCUUCUGUUCAGUCAGGCUUCUCUCUCUACUCUUCGGACUCUACGGAUAAUACAGCUGUAGAUGUCAACAGAGGGCUCAAUCGAUGCUCCAAACUCUUGGCUAACAUGUUAGACACUGACCAAGGUGGCCCUGUGGAGAUUGGCAGAGCAACUUACAAACACCAGACACAGAGGCCGAAGACAACCAGCAAAGCUCGCAAAAGUGUGUCCAGUGCUCAGGAAUCCAAACUCACCCAAGGUAGCCGGAAGAAGCCUGGGCAAAAUGUCAAGACAUCUUCUCAUACCAACAAAAGUAGCGCCAAGAAUCACAGGAGGAAAGAUGCGCCAACGUCUUCAACAUCUGUAUCUACUCAGGCCAAACGCAGAGGAGUUGAGACGGCAGAGGCAUCCCGAAAAGGGCUGUCAUCUGUACAUGUCAUUCCUACUGGUAGUAGCUCUUCGGCAGAGAGAUCUGGUGCCAAGCUUGUGGCUUCAGUCCACAAAUUAAAUCCCAGGAUCAAGUCGCAUCCAUCAGCUCCAGGAUUCCAGGACUGCUUAAUGUCCUCUACACCAGAGCUGAGAGAGUCGCCUUCUAAACUCGGUUCAGCUGAAAGUGCAAAGUCUCUGGAGCGUAAUGGCAAACCAGAGGUGCAGAGGUCUGCUAACCCUUUAAGGCUUACGAAAUAUUCAGUCGCACCGACCACCCAAGAAGACAAAGUACCUCACAAAAUAAGAGGCGAGUCAGUUGAAGAGAUUCCAAGAGAAGCAGAGGAAUCCUUGGCUUUUGCAAGAUUCUCUGGUAGUAGAGUUCUGGAACCAGAUAUAGAUUACAGGCGAAGGUAUCAUCAAGGUUCUGUUAUUGACAAAAACUUAUAUCAAGGUCACAGAGAGGAGAGUUAUUCAAACUUGCCAGCCCAAAAGGGUGAACAAAAGGUGGACUCAAUGCCAACAUACCAAGCAAUGAGAAAUGGUCCGCGAUCUUCCCCCACAACACAGCAUCCUUCUCUUGUCCCUGUGAGCGAUCAAGACUAUAUCAAGAGGGUUCACCCACCCCUAAAGAACAGUCAAGAUAUACUCAGAGACCUCGUGCAGCAGUUGACAGUCCACAACCAGAGCCACAAACAUUCUGACGUCAACACUCAGGAUCUUCUACAAGGUUUGAUUCAGGACGGUGGUGGGCCUGUCCAGGUAGACAGACUUGCUGAGGUAGACAGACUUGCUGUCCGGGAAACUGAAGAUGUAAACGUGUCGACUGGACGUCACGUAGGGGAAGACCAGCUUCACACUAAUGAGGGAAGUUGUGUAAAACAAGACACUCGACUAGACGUUGACCAGAACGGCGAUCCAUCCCUGAGACAGCUCCUGUCUGAUUUCAGAAAAAUUCACCCCGUGGUUUCAGUCGGUAGGCGAGAAGAAACAAGUCGGUCAGUUCACCCUGUCCUGGACCCAAGAAGGGUCGACGAAGGACCUGCUGAUAGACACACACCAGAACUGUUGAGGGGUAAUGAUAACCUAGUGUCUUCUGAGGAGAUGAAAGGUAACGAGGGAUCGCCACAACGAGUCACAUUUUUAACGCCUUCUAAAGCUCAACAUGAUGAGAAUGAGAUAGUAGGUCAGGGGUCAACACCUUACCCCCAUCAAGAUGGCCAGAGAAUUCCAACUGUUGAGACAGACAUGCAGAACUUGCCAGUAGAACAAGGCAUUUCAAGUCCUCGUAGGAGCUCAGAGCCGUUGUUGAUGGACCCAAGAGGAACGGCUAUCAGACAGAGAGCAAUGCAGCAAAUCACAACUAUGAAAUAUUUGAUCAGAGAGCUGCAGGCUGUACUUGCAGACCACGGUGACUUGGAGGUAAAUAGGCUGCUGGGUGAAAUUGAUGAGACAUGCAACACUCUCCCAUACACAACACAGAAGCAGCUAUUAGACCUCAACACGGAGGUCCUGCUAGCUUUCCAGCCUCUGCAAUCUGAGAAUAGUCAGCUUCGAAGACGCCUUCGCAUCGUCAAUCAUCAACUAAAGAGGCGUGAGACGAUCGAGAAGGACAAGACUGACGCAGCGACUGUCAGCUUAGAGUUGCUGACAACUCAGGCUCUCAACGCCAAUCUUCAAAAACAGCUUCGGGAGGAGAGGCGAGAAAAAGAGGAACUUCUGAAAUCCAAACUUGAACUGAGUAAAACACUGGAUGAGAAGGAACAACAGCACAAGGAUAUGCUCAGGAUCAUGGACGACAAGGACACAAAUUUGCUGAAAUCUCGCCAGGAUUGCAUCAAGGAGUUACAAGAGUUGCGUAGUGCGCGUACCGACUUGCAAUCGCGCGUCGGCUAUCUUGAGCUACAGGUAGAGGGCACCAACAAAGAAACUAAAAUUCUGCAACUGAGUCUGGAUCAGCGAGACAAAGAGAUUACAAGAUUGAAGAAUCUUACACAGAGUCUCCAUGAGCAGUUGAGGAAACUUCCACAGCCAGGAAAUGAAGUUGCCUCAUCUUUAAAGACAUUGGAUGGAAUCAGUCUACAGAGAAUGAAUCGACUGCUCAUGUCAAGAAGUCCAAAAGCAGAUAAAGAGAAUCAGCCUUGUUGGUCAGAUGAUCAGUCAUUAUCCUUGAUGCAGCCCUCUAAGAUGUAUCAACAAAUCAAUACCAAACAAACCUCAGAUCCAAGAUCGGAUCCCAAUCCACCAAAAAACCACUUUGCAAAGUCUCCAAAAUCACCUACAAAGAAGAAGAGUCCAAAUCGGCACGUCACAUUUCAAAGGAGCACCGAUGAUGACAAUCUGAUCGCGAAAGACGUCAGUGGCUGGGCGAGGACAGAUACACUCUGGAAAGGCCAGCAGAUUUCCACUGGGGAUUACGCCGCAUCGGAAAGAAGCAGGCAACAUACUCUGGAUGUUCCACAUGAAACAUCAUCGACCACUGAGAAGAACCUCUCUAUAUGGUUGAGUCCAAUACCUGAAGACCUUGACGCUACGCAGUUAGCAGGUGCGUCCGCAAGACAGCUCGUUAAAGGCAAUUAUGUCUCAAUGAGAGAAGGAGCAUCUCAACAAUCCGAAGCUAAGACACUUCAAGAUCCUUAUCAACGUGAAGAUGAUGACUUUGUUGGAUCCAUAGUUGAGCAAACCAAUAAGCCAUAUGAUCACCCCGUUCGAGAGAAAUCUCAUUCAGCAUCGGAAGACAACUUCAGACCCAAGUCCGACUUACAAUCCCCUAUCCGACUUAGACCGUACAAAUAUCCCCAUGAGGUGUUGUCUAAGGUCGAGACAGGGUCAGUUGUUUCGGAUUCUACCAUGUCGUCCGUAACUUCUCAGUAUGAAGCUCAGUUUCAAAUGGGGCUCAGGAAUCUGGAUUCGGAGAUUGGAAAAUUGCAAGCUAGUCUGAAAUAUUCCAACUUCAAGUCUUUAUAGUUAGUACUAUGUAUUUAAAGGCACUGGACACUAUUGGUAAUUACUCAAAAUAAUUAUUAGCAUCAAACCUUACUUGGUAAGG